AAGUUGAAGCGCACAGGUUGGUGGUGUAUCGCUCACGGCCACUACAGCCUGUACUCUCCAUUCUCUGCUCUGAUGCGCGGAGAAAAGGGUUGGGACAAGGGAGGAAUGGCUGGAGGGAGGAAUGGCUGAAUAACGAGCCGAGAAACACCCACUCCGGACCGACCGAAUUGUAUCCGGACAAGAGUGAGAAGAAAGAGGAGACAGACGGAGGAGAAGAGAGAGGGGAGCAGGAGCAGCGGCAGAAGCAGCGUUUGGUUUAUUGAAGAUUUACACUGGGAAUAAAAGCACGCGCGGAACUGAUGUUUGAACAGGUCUAGACUGCUGCGUGUGAGGAUGUUGUCAGUCGGAAGGAUCAGAUGGUGUUUUUGGGCCCCUCUGCUGCUACAAGCCCUGGUUCCCCUUUCCCCCUUGAAUGCACAGGAGCAGGCUCCAGCCCCGAGGCGGCUAAAGUUCAAAGUUCUCAGCCCAAACAAACUACUUGUCACAUGGAAGGAGCCUAAAGGAGACUUUGACAGCUACCUGUUCACCUACAGCACUUCAGACGGUCAUCAGAGGGAGAUUGCUGUACCUAAGGCAGAGCAUCGGGUUAUAAUAACAGACUACAGCUCGUCCAACCAUUACACCGUGAGCGUGACUGCGGUCAGCGGCAGCUUCCACAGCAGACCGCUACAGGCCACGUAUAAAGGGGAGAGGGACGAUGGCAGGGACCAGAGCGAGCCCCAAAGGCUGACAGAAGGAGUGGUGCCUCCUGAUGAAGCCAAUGAGAUUUCAGGAAUGGACCAGUUUGUGUGCCGUACUGAGGCUAUAGCUGACAUCGUCAUUCUCGUGGAUGGGUCCUGGAGCAUCGGCCGACUCAACUUCCGACUGGUUCGAUUGUUCUUGGAAAAUCUGGUUGAUGCUUUUGAUGUAGCUUUUGACAAGACAAGAAUUGGUCUUGCUCAGUACAGUGGAGACCCAAGAAUAGAGUGGCAUCUGAACACCUUCCGCACUAAAGAAGCAGUUAUUGAUGCUGUCAAGAAUUUGCCCUACAAAGGCGGAAAUACUCUCACAGGUCUUGCUCUGACCUACAUCUUGGAAAACUGCUUCAAACCGGAGGCUGGUUCUCGAGUGGGUGUACCUAAGAUUGGGAUCCUCAUUACGGAUGGAAAAUCUCAGGAUGAUGUUGUACCGCCCGCUGAAAGUCUACGAGACGCGGGAGUGGAGCUGUUCGCGAUCGGUGUCAAAAAUGCUGAUGAGAAUGAGCUGCGGUCCAUUGCGUCUGAGCCUGACAGUCAUGUUUACAAUGUGGCGGACUUCAACGUCAUGAGUUCAAUUGUGGCUGGACUAACCAGAACUGUGUGUGAACAAGUGGAGCAGCAGGACAAGGAUAUUAAACUGAAACAUGUCCCAGAGCCGAUGGGGCCACCUCUAGACCUGGAGACAUCAGAAGUCACGGCUCGCAGCUUUCGGGUUUCCUGGAGGCAUGCUCCUGGAAAUGUGGAGAAAUAUAGAGUGGUUUACUCUGCUCAGGAGGGAGCGCUUCAGGAGGUCAUUGCAGAUGGCACUGAAACAUCUGUGUUAUUAGAGCACCUUAGCUCCUCCACUGAAUACCAGCUGGCAGUGUUUGCUGUUUACGAGAAUGAGGCGAGUGGGGCCCUGAGAGGAAGAGAAACUACUUUGGCUCUUCCUGCAGUGACUAGCCUCCAGCUCUUGGAUGUCACGCACAGCUCAAUGAAAGCGAGAUGGAACAGUGUGGAUGAUGUCUCAGGAUACAUGAUCUUAUAUGCACCAAUUUCCUAUGAUGGUGAUGUGAUUGAGAAAGAGGUGAAAGUAUCAGACGCAGUAACAGAGAUUGACCUGGAUGCUUUGACUCCUCAAACUGAAUACACUGUGACUGUCUAUGCCAUGUUCGGAGAUGAAGCCAGCGAGCCAAUCACAAACCAAGAAACUACAUUGCCGCUGAGUCCACCAAGUAACCUCCAGUUCUCUGACAUCACACAUAAUUCUGCGCGCCUCAGCUGGGACCCUGCCCCGGACGGAGUCAAAGGAUACCGAGUCUCAUGGGAAAAAACAGAUGCAGCAAUAACAGAGGAGGUGGUGGUGGGCCCUGUGACCUCAUAUGACCUCCGUGAACUAACAUCUCUAAUGGAAUACUCUGUGGCCAUCUUUGCAUUGUAUGAAGAAGGCCAGUCAGAGCCUCUCACCGAUGCAUUCACUACAACUCCCGUCCCCGGUCCCCUGAAUCUGCGCUCCAGUGAUAUUUCAGCAGACAGUUUCCAGGUCAGCUGGGAUCAUUCAGCCAGUGACAUUGUCCUUUACCGUCUCUCCUGGGCUCCCUUCAUCGGGGGAGACACCAAAGAGGUGAUCCUGAGCGGCAGUGAUAACAAGUACCUCCUCUCAGGUCUCAGUCCGUCCACAGAGUACGAGGUGAUGUUGACAGCUGUUUUCAACGAUGAGUCUGAGAGCGACACUGUCUCUCUGAUAGAAAACACGUUGGCCCUGACAACGACUAUUGCUACUACAACCGCAGUGGCCCGGCAAGCACUUAAAAACCUAUAUUUGAGUGAUGAGACCACGGAGAGUUUGGAGGCAUCAUGGGAGUUGGAAGACCCCCAUGUGCAGAGCUUUAGGGUGGCAUACUCUGCACUCGGAGGGGACCAACAAGAGGAAACAGUGUUAGUUCCCGGCGGUCAAAGAACAGCUGUACUUCAAGGUCUGUUAGCGGACACACAGUACAAAGUGACAGUGACUCCAGUGUACAGGAACGGAGAAGAAGGCAUCACUGUGGCUUCUCUUGGCACAACAUUGCCUCUGUCGUCCCCAAGUAACCUGCGCGCUUCAGAGGAGUGGUACAAUCGCUUCAGGAUCUCAUGGGAUCCUCCACAGUCUCCAACAGAGGGAUACAGGAUUGUCUACCAACCCAUCUAUGUGUCUGGGCAGGUUUUGGAGAUAACAGUUGGCGACGAUGUAAAUUCUCAACUUCUGCUGAAUCUCCUUCCUGGAACAGAGUACAGUGUCCAGUUGACCGCCUCCUAUUCCACUGGACAAAGUGAACCUCUGCUAGUUAAUGCAAAGACAUUGUCCCUUGGAGUAUCUGGCUUGUCGACCUAUCAGGUACGCCCCAACAGUAUGUGUGUGCAAUGGCAGCCGCUCACACACGCCUCUUCAUAUCGAGUCUCCAUACAGUCUACCCUCAAUGGACAGAGGCAGGAGGUGACCCUGGGGGGCGGGGCUUCGCGGCGGUGCUUCUAUGACCUCACUCCCAGCAGCCAAUACCAGAUCAGUGUUCUCACUCAGCUACAGGACCUGGAGGGGCCCCCAGUCUCCAUCACAGAUAUGACAUUGCCUGCUCCCACCCAAGCUCCAACAGAACCUCCAGUCACAGAGCCCCCACCUACCAUCCCACCUGCCAAAGAAGUGUGUAAGGAGGCAAAGGCUGACCUGGCAUUCCUGGUGGAUGGCUCCUGGUCCAUUGGAGACGACAAUUUCCUGAAGAUCACACGUUUCCUGUACAGCACCAUGGGUUCGCUUGAUCUGAUUGGAGCUGAUGGCACCCAAGUGGCCAUCGCUCAGUUUAGCGACGACGCUCGGACCGAGUUCCAGCUGAGUUCCCAUAGCAACAAGGAAGCGCUGCUGGAAGCCAUUCAAAAAAUUAGAUACAAGGGAGGAAACACCAAGACAGGUCGAGCCAUCAAACAUGUCAAAGAGUCGAUCUUCACCACAGAGGCUGGGGCCAGAAAGGGCGUUCCUAAGGUUUUAGUGGUUCUCACGGAUGGACGCUCCCAGGAUGAUGUCAACAAAGUGUCAAAAGAGAUGCAGAUGGAGGGAUAUAUCAUCUUUGCUAUUGGUUUUGCGGAUGCUGACUACGGUGAGCUGGUGAAUAUUGCCAGUAAACCCAGUGAUAGACAUGUCUUCUUUGUGGACGACUUGGACGCUGUGAAAAAAAUAGAAGAACAGCUUAUAACAUUCGUCUGUGAAGCUGCUACUGCCACCUGUCCGUCAGUUUUGAUGAGUGGAAACACGUUGGCAGGUUUCCGUAUGAUGGAGAAGUUCAGUUUGGUGGAGAAAGAGUACAGCACAAUCCCUGGUGUUUCGCUAGAGCCAGGGUCAUUCAACAGCUUUCCUUGUUACCACUUGCACGGAGACGCACUAGUGUCCCAACCAACUAAGUAUCUCCACCCUGAAGGACUACCCUCUGACUACACCAUUUCUAUGAUGCUCCGACUGCUGCCUGAGACCCCACAAGAGCCAUUUGCAUUAUGGGAAAUUCUGGAUAAAAGCAAUGACCCAUUGGUUGGAGUCAUUCUUGACAAUGCAGGAAAAACAUUAACUUUCUUUAACCAUGACUACAAAGGGGACUUCCAGACAGUCACAUUUGAGGGAGUUGAAAUAAAAAGAAUCUUCCAUGGAAGUUUUCAUAAGCUCCAUGUUAUUGUGAGCAAGACGUCUGUAAAGGUAGUCCUAGAUUGUUCAUUGAUCGGUGAGAAACCAGUGAAUGCCGCGGGUAACAUCACCACAGAUGGAGUGGAGGUCCUGGGACGUUUGGUCAGAUCUCGAGGAAGACGGGACAGCUCUGCUCCGUUUCAGCUCCAAAUGUUUGACAUCAUCUGCAGCACGUCCUGGGCCAGCAGAGAUAAGUGCUGUGAACUGCCAGCUUUGAGAGUUGAAGAGCACUGCCCCGCGAUGCCUCAUGCCUGCACCUGCUCUCAGGACAGUAAAGGACCCCCAGGGCCUACUGGACCACCUGGUGGUCCUGGCAUUAGGGGAGCCAGGGGAGACAGAGGAGAGCCAGGAGUGACGGGACCACAGGGACCUGUCGGAGAGGGUGGACCCCCAGGACCCUCUGGACCCCCUGGCCCUCAAGGACCCAGCGGACUCUCUAUUCAUGGACCUCCGGGGCCAGUUGGUCAGAAAGGAGACAUCGGUGAGGUUGGACCAGCUGGAUCAAUGGGUGUCCCUGGAGGUCCCGGAACACCUGGACGAGAUGGCCCACCAGGUCCAAGGGGUCUUCCCGGUAAUGUUGGACCACAGGGGCGACAAGGACCACCUGGACCAUCUGGACCCCCAGGAGCCCCAGGAGCUCCUGGCCCAGGGGGGUCUUCUGGUUCUCCUGGAGAUCAAGGGCUUCCAGGUCCUGUUGGUACCAAAGGUGAUAAGGGAGAAAGAGGAGAUGUUCAGUCUCAAGCAGCCAUCCGUGCCAUCGCCAGACAAGUGUGCGAACAACUCAUCCAGAGCCACUUGUCCCGGUAUAACUCCAUCCUGAACCAGAUCCCCCAGUCCUCGGUGUCAGUGCGAACGGUUCCUGGACCUCCAGGAGAACCAGGCAGAAGAGGACCCCCGGGACCACAGGGAGAGCAGGGUCCGACCGGCAGGCCUGGUUUUCCCGGCACCAAUGGACAGAAUGGGCGACCAGGAGAGAGAGGUCCAGCUGGAGAGAAAGGAGAUCGGGGAAAUCCAGGUGUGGGCAACCAAGGCCCCCGAGGACCACCAGGACCCCCAGGUGUGCCAGGAGAAGGGCGAACAGGCAGCCAAGGCCCCACAGGUCGCCCCGGCAGCCCAGGGAGCCCUGGUCGUCCAGGAAACCCAGGCAGUCCGGGUCAGGCUGGACCCCCGGGAUACUGUGACCCGAAUGCCUGUAUGGGCUACAAUGUUGGAGGUCAACAGGACUAUGGGAAUGAUUACUGAGAACAACAGUAGCCCUGUCCACCUCGUGUGCUCCUCUCCUCCACCCUCCCUCUGUAAAUAUGACUGAAAACUGAGGAAAUGGACAGACUUUUGCAUUCCCUCAAGGGGUCCAUAUUUCAUGGGAUGGGUAAUUACUCCUGACCCUGGUGCUUAACCUCUAAUCCCUGCAGCAACUCUGUUCACGGGAGACAUCUUCAAAUUAUUCUCAUUGUUUAAGCUUCCUUUGCAUAAAAACAAGAGGUUUUUAUGCAAUAUAUUAAGACACAACAUUUGUAUGUGUCUAUUCAAGUUGCAGUUUUUGCUCUAUGUUUGACUACCUUUUGUUGCAUGUUUGCUGCCAUGUUUCUACUGAAAUCCAGAACUUUUUUUGGUUUGUUGAUCUUACUUUGUAUGACAGCCUCUAAGACAAAAAAGGAUAAGCUCACUCGCUUUCCCCCAAGUGUGAACCACUCCCCACAAUGCCUCAGUGAUAAUCAUUGUGGCUGAUCACAGUGCCAUCUGUCAACAAAUACAGAAAUACACACUGCUUCACUGGAGCCUUCCCAUGUUUGAGGCUUACAGCUAUUUGCAGUUAAUCUCAUCUUUCAGAGCUUAAUGAAUUGACUAAAUAUUGAUGCUGAUUAGCUUAAUUUGUUAUCUGUAAAUCGAAGGCGCUGUCUUCAUGUGACCCAGUUGUGAGCUUGCAGUAAUAAAAUGCGGCUUCAUUAACCUACUUCUCAACUAACAUAAUCUUAUGGAUGCUAUCAGGGGGCUCAAAUCUGCUUAUGUAUAGUCCCAGACCACACUUUUUAACUAUUAAAUAGGCAAGAUAAGAGACAGUUUAAGACCAGAGCUAAUGAUUCAAAUCUAGUGCAUUCUUUUACAUCCUACCUAUUAUUCUGUAAACAAAAACACAACUCCUUGCUGCUUAACCCUGAAGUGCAUAUGACAGGUUUCCAUUGUUUUCUAAUUAUAACUUGGUUUUGUGUGAUGGUACCUCUGGUAAAUAUUUAUCAUCAUUUUAUAUCAGUCAAGUGGCAGAUUGUGUAGAAAAGUAAAAAA